GGUUGGAAUAGACGACAACGUGCUCGCAGUGCGAAGUCGAGGUGUAGUGAAAUCAAAAAAGACACCGACAAAAUCAACAUGUACCGCCUGCCCAGCAUUCUGCGAACCUCUCUUUCACGCCGCGUGGCACCCUCAUUAGCCCGCGCUUAUGCCAAGGACAUUAAGUUUGGGGCAGAUGCUCGAGCGCUUAUGUUACAGGGGGUGGAUCUCUUAGCGGACGCUGUCGCCGUUACGUUAGGACCAAAGGGUAGAAAUGUUAUCCUGGAACAGAGUUGGGGAAGUCCAAAAAUCACAAAAGAUGGUGUCACCGUCGCGAAAGGAAUUGACUUGAAAGACAAAUAUAUGAACAUUGGUGCGAAAUUAGUACAAGAUGUAGCGAAUAACACAAAUGAGGAGGCUGGCGAUGGCACGACGACGGCUACAAUUCUGGCCCGCGCCAUUGCAAAAGAGGGAUUUGAAAAGAUAGUCAAGGGAGCUAACCCUGUUGAAAUUAGAAAAGGUGUCAUGAUUGCCGUUGACUCGGUGGUCGACCAGUUAAAAACUAUGUCUCGUCAAGUGACCACGCCAGAAGAAAUUGCACAGGUUGCAACUAUUUCUGCAAAUGGGGACAAGACUGUGGGAGAUUUGAUAUCAGAUGCAAUGAAGAAAGUUGGACGCAAUGGAGUCAUAACAGUCAAGGAUGGAAAGACGCUAAAAGAUGAGUUGGAAACUAUUGAGGGAAUGAAGUUUGAUAGGGGAUACAUUUCACCUUAUUUUAUCAACACUGCAAAAGGUGCCAAGUGUGAAUUUCAAGAUGCCCUGGUCUUGCUCUGCGAGAAAAAAAUUUCCAGCAUGCAGUCCAUUAUACCUGUGCUAGAGUUGGCCAACGGUCAGCGGAAACCUCUCGUGAUCAUCGCAGAGGAUGUGGAUGGAGAGGCUUUAAGUACACUUGUCCUUAACAGGAUCAAAGUUGGUCUCCAAGUGUGUGCUGUGAAGGCACCAGGCUUUGGUGAUAACCGCAAAAACACACUCCGUGACAUGGCUGUAGCUACUGGAGGAAUUGUGUUUGGAGAUGAAGGUAACCUGUAUAAGAUAGAAGACGUACAGAUCCAGGACUUGGGGAAUGUAGGAGAAGUCAUCAUCACCAAAGACGAUACUUUGCUGAUGAAUGGCAAAGGGGAUAAAGCUGAAGUUGAACGGAGAAUCAACCAAAUCAAAGACGAAAUGGAAUUGUCAACGUCCGAAUAUGAAAAAGAGAAGAUGAACGAGCGUAUGGCCAAACUGGCCAAUGGCGUUGCUGUUUUAAAGGUUGGGGGAACAAGUGAAGUGGAAGUGAAUGAAAAGAAGGACCGUAUAAAUGACGCCCUGAAUGCGACGAGAGCCGCAGUUGAGGAAGGAAUAGUACCUGGUGGAGGCACCGCCUUGUUACGCUGUCUGCCCGGAUUAGACAGCCUCAAGUAUGAAAAUGAAGAUCAGAAAAUAGGUAUCGAUAUUAUAAGGAAAUCUUUACGGAUGCCUGCUCUGACGAUUUCUAAAAAUGCUGGCGUUGAAUCAAAUGUCAUCGUAGAGAAGGUUAUGAAUGGCAAAGGAGAUUUUGGAUAUGAUGCUCUGAAUAAUGAGUUUGUACAGCUCAUUGAAAGAGGCAUCAUUGACCCAACAAAGGUUGUGCGAACAGCUUUAAUGGAUGCUGCUGGAGUUGCCUCCCUUUUGUCCACUGCUGAAGCUGUAGUCACAGAAAUACCUAAACCCGACCCACCCAUGCCGGGUGGCGGAAUGGGCGGUAUGGGUGGAAUGGGCGGCAUGGGCGGUAUGGGUGGAAUGGAUUUCUAAGCCAGUGAAAAUGUGGAGAAACCAGUAUUGCUGGCCAAUCAAACGAAGCCUGCGGCAUAUUUCAUCCUGGGAGUGAUUCUUCUCAUGGAGAAACUAGUGCUGGACCAGGGUGAUCAUAUUUUCUCUAAACCUUUAGAGAUAUGAUGGGAAGGAAUCAUGGGAUAGUGCUGAAUGGGUGGACAUUGAGAAUGGCAGUGCUUCGGAAAUUCUAUUUUCCACCCAAUAAACAUGAUUUUGUCUGCGUCUUAACACAUUGAGUGCGUGUGAAUUUACCAUUGAAACUGUUCAUGAGGAGUAAAAACAAUGAAUGUUCCAUAUUUGUGGCUGACCAUUCUCAUAUCCAUGCGUUGUGUCGUCAUAGCCUGCGAUUCCUGUUCUAUUUCCAGACGUUAUUAAGGUCGCCAAAUAUGAGCUCGAAUCAUGUGUGAUAGUUUGUGAUUUGUUUCUUGGGUAGAAAAGAAAGUACUUUCAUUGGAAAGGGACACACCAUGGUAGCACCAGAAUAGAUGCUGACUUUGCCAUAUGAAGUAUUUCAGAUUUGUACUACUCUGGUUACUGCAAUAUAAGUAUCUUUGUAGUGAAAAUAUUCUAACAGGAGUCUGUUGUUUGUUGCUGAAGUAUUGUAGUUAUACUAGAAAGCCAAGUAAAAUUGAUUGAAAAGCAAAAUAUUACUCUAAAACUCUUGCUACUAUUACAGAAAAA